ACACACGUGCAGGUGCAGGCACAUACCGUGAGCACACGUGUUCCAUGCACGCACUCUCGGGGAUGCUCGGAGAUGUGGGAUGUCCCAAGUGCCAGUGUCCCUCUGCGUGCCCCACGUGGGGCUGGGAGGGGUCCUGCUGAAGUGCUGCCACUGCUGCAGCUCCUGUCCCUCCUGUCCCCUGCACCCUCCCCAGGACUGCUGCUGCUGCAGGAGGAGGAGGAGGAGGUCCCACUCGGAGCAGACCUUGUGCAGAGUGCAGCGCUGCCAUGGUGAGCGGAAACGUGGGAAGAAAACACGGAGAGAAAGAAAAGCGGCUCCCGGGCCCCGAGGGGAGGGGAGCAGAGAGGAGAGAGCAGGAGGGGAAACGGCGGACCAUGCAGUGCUGCGCUGGGGACAUGGCAGGGGAAGGGACAAUGGCACGUGGGGACACAGGGACACCGGCUGCUGCCAUCGGUGCCACUUCCCCUGCAGCACUGGAAGGAGCCGUGCAGCUCACCCGUAGGGGAGCAGUGGAAAUGGGGACAAGUGCUGCUGGGAGGGGUUUUGGCACAGGAUGGGGCCCGCAGCGUUCGCCCGAAAGGACAAACUGGGCUCCAGAUGUCACCCACGUCCCACCGGGCCGGCAUCCCUGCGGCUCUUUGGGCACCCUUUACCCUCGUGUCCCCACGUCCCCGUGUCCCCAUGCCCCUGUUUCCCCACGUCCCCCUGUCCCCGUGUCCCCGCAUACCCCGAGUGCUGACUUCCUGUCUCCGGAGGCUCAGCCGCCACCUCCGCCGCUCCCUGGCCGUGGGAGCGAUCCCAGACACCGGUCCCAGGGAGCCCGGAGCGCGGCCCCGCGGGGCAUGGGGGUGCGGGGGGAGCACCACAUCCCCUAUGCAUCCCAACACGCCGCGCUCGGGGCUGUGUCUGUGCCCCAGCCCCACCCCCAAGGUCUUUCCCAGCUCCCAGCUGGGGACGCAGGCCCUUUUCCUUUGGAUUUUAUCCUGCACCACCCUCUCAUGGUGGCACCAAGGACCCUAAAGCCAAUUGUCCCCUCUGUCCGUGUCCCCUUGAGCGCCUCUGUUGGGAACACUGCUAUUUUUAAUCCCGUGAAGCCAUCCUGUAGGACAGAGGCUAUUUUUGCUGCCUGGGGCUCAUCCCUUCCUUCCAACCUCACCCAGCACUCUGCGGGGUCAGGCACCCCUGGUCAGGGUCAGGGACCAUCCAGCCACACACUGCGGGGCCGGGGGCUGCUGGUGGGCAGCGCUGGCACUCUGCGCUCCCCAUACCACGGCCAAACCCCAUAUCCCAGGCAUGGGGCCAUGGCCAAACCCCACAGCCGUAACCGGUUCUGAAUUGGGGCCAUGCCCCUUUGGGUGGGUUUUCCAGGAUGGAAGGACGGAGGUGGUGGAGGUGAUGGGGCCGCCUUUCCCAUGGGCGUUGCGGGGCCACGAGGGCCUGGGAGCAGCGGGACAGAGUGGGACGCAGGUGUGGGGCAUGGCCUGGAGGGAAGGGUGGGAUGCGGGGGGCACAUCUGGCAGUGGGGGGGCAGGAAGCCCACUCGGCAGCCUUGGGGUCCCGGGGGCUGCAGCGCUGCCAGAUGUUGCGCAGCUGUCUGCAGCACUUCCUCCCACCCCACACCCUCCAGGAAGCCCCCCCCGGCCCCACACCACUCCCAUGCCCCCUUUCUUCUCUUGCCAAGCCACAUUCUGGGGGCCGUGUCCUGCUGCUGGGGGCACACAGCUCACCCCAUGGUUGGGCAGGGAGAGGGAAGUGGGUGGGGGGGCAUUUUGCACCUUUUACUGCUUUUUCUUCUCUUGGAAAACCAAACAGAACCCAAAUGCGUCCAUUCCACAUUUUGCAUCAAUCCUGCAUUCUGCAUUUUCCAUCAUUGCUCCCUCACCACUCGCAGGGCAAUGUCACCAAACCCCUGGGUACUCAUCCCCACAACCCUGGGGGAGAUGCCCGGGGCCGCCAACUCUCAUGAGGAUACAGAUAGGAUCCAGGGGAUUAGAGCAGCUUAGGGAGCAGGGGGUUUGCAGGCAGCAGAUGGUACUGGAUGGGCCCCAGGGUGAGGUGAGUGGGAUGGGACACAGCCCUGGUCAGAGCAGGGGAAAUGAAGCAGAAGAGCAGAGGAGUGGAUUUCCAGCCAUUGUCCCAAUGGGAUGCUGCAGGGAUGGCCAUGAUGCCCUGCACUGUGAGGUCCUGGGCAUGCAGUGCAGCCAUGGGAGUGCAUUCCAUCCUUCAGGUGCCCACUGCCCCAUGGCAGUGCAUGGUGCCAACGGUGAGCAGAGCCCUGCGGGUGUUCAAGGAUUGUGGAACGAGGGACCAUAGGAGUGGAGACUUCAGGGCUGACUCUGUAGAGCUGGAGAGGGGCAAUCCCCACUGCAGUGUUGCCCCAAAUGCUGUCAGGGGAAUUCCCAGUGCUGAGGGUGGAGAGGAGUGAUGUAAACUGGUUCAAAGUGUGAUGUGGUGGGGACAAGGGAGAAAACCCGUAGUGGGGACAUGGUGCUCAGGCAAUCCCCAUGCAGCCCCGGGGCUGUUUCAGGGCUGAGGGCAGCCACAUGAGCCAUGGCAAGGGGACAGAAAUUAAGGCUCUGUUUCCAGGAGGAGGUGUGAAACUAGCCCCAGCAGAAAAGAGAGAAGCUAAAACCUGUUUCCAGCCCUGCCCUGGGCUCCUGCUAUGGGGUCCUGGGACUCUGGGAGCUGUUUGGGGCACGGAGAAGCUCAGUGUCCAGAAGCGAGGGGGAUCCGGUGGGACAGCCUGGCUGCUAGCUGGGGGUUCCCAGCACAGCAGGGAAAAUUGGGAUCCGGCUGUGCCUGCAUCCCCCAGACCCUAUUCGAGAGUCUCCAUCCCUUCCCCAGUGAUGUUUCGGAAAGAGGAAGCGUCACCUCUGGCAUCCCCCCGCUGUGGCCCCGGGGUUAUUUCGGGUGCUGAGAAAAGAGGAAGGCUGCACACGGUGACGGCAGGGCGAAGCCCCACAGCAUGCAGGGGACAGUGGUUGGUUUGGGAAAGAGGAAUGUCACUGUCACUGCCAGCCCAUGGCCCCAGAGCUGCCAAAGACGGGCUGAAGGAAGCGGAUCCCUCCCACCUGAAGCAUUCAGGGGCUUUUUUAGGCGCAUGGGUGAUACAGCCAUGUAAAUGCCAGCCUGGUAUGGGGGACAGCAAGCAGCUUAUAGCCAAGCAAGGAAGGACUGGGGCCAAAAUGGAGGCCAAGUGGGACAGAUUGCCAGGGAGCUGCAGUGGGGACACGGGGACAGCAUGGUGGCACCUGCGUCAGGCUCUGCUCCUGGUGUGUGGGUGGAUAGAGGAGUGGGAGAACACAUGGAUGGAUGGGCAGAUGGACACAGGGACAGAUGGAUGGGCGGGUGGAAGGACUCGUAGUUGGAUUAAUGGAUGGAUGGAUGGGGAUGUGGCUAUGGGGAGAGCAGGUGGGGCCAAGAGCUGCCACUGCAGCAUCGGGGUGGCCUCCUGCAGAGCAGUGAGCUCCAGUGGUGCCUUGUGCCUGGGAAACAGCAAGCAAAACGUGACAGGGUCCCAUCAGCCUGAGCAGGCUUGUACCCUGCAGGGCUAAUAGCCACCAGCUUAACAAGCAUGAGCCAGGACUGCUCGGCUGGGCCCUUUCCAGCUGCAGGGAGGAGCGACAGGGAGAGCUUUGCAGUGGGCAGUGAAAUCUAGGUCAGGGCUUUCUCUAAAAGGGGCACAGAGCCCAGCUUGUGUCAGCUUCCAAGUGAAGCAGCAGAGCUGCAGCGCCUGCCUGAGCACGGAACAGCCGGGAAAUGUCCGUGCCCUCCUGGUGUAUCCAGGACUGGGACAAGCAGGCAUGGUGGGGGCCUUGGGACACGGUUCCCUGUGCAGGGCUGGCCACAGCUUAUGGCUUUGCUGGGAAACAGCCACGUUUUGUGACUUGGGCACUGUGGGCAAUGUGCUGCCAGCGGACGUGUCCUUGCUGUGACAUAGAGAGGUGUCCAGGCAUGGGGAUGAUGCUGCUUGCCCCCCAAACACAACGUCCCUGCAGCCAUCACAACCAUCCACGUCCCUCCCCACUGCCUCUGUGUGGGAGCCAAAGCAGCUCGGAGGGGGCAUCAGUGAUGGGAACUGACUCCAGGCUGACGUUUCAACAGAAAACCCCCGAGAGAGUGAAAGUCCCAACAGCAAAAGGAGAACUGGGGGCAGCAUGGAGGGCACAAGCUGUGGCCGAAACCUCAGGAAGGCUCUGCUGGCAGCUUGGGGAUGACAGCAGCCAGAGCCAUUCUCAGCCCCUGUUACAGGGAAUCCAGCAUGCUGCCUGCUGCCCCACAUUCCUGCCCGGCCCCACAUCCUGGCCCUCACAGAGCCACAGCCGUUUUGAUGGGCAGCAGCGAUCCUGGAACAAGGAGGUUUUUUUUCCCACCCCAAAAGCAGGGUUGCUCUCUGUUUCUCCACCCCAAUACACAUGCAGGGCUUGGGAUGGAGACUCGAGUUGGCACUGGAAUAUGUUUAAUUAAAAUCCAGCGCUUGAAGGUACAGCAAAAUUAGCAGUGGGAGCAGCGGGCGCUGGGAGGGCAAUGUGGUGCUUCCCGUGGAGGCACACCCUGAUGCUGGCAGCAGCGGGGCUGGAGCUGAAUUGGGUUUUUGUUCCUGGCAGAGCUGUUGCAGCUCUCCCUGUGAGCCAGGCCCUGCGCCUCCUGCUGCCUCUGCUCCGGAUUUCCACGUGGGCUCAACACUUAGAUUUCCACAGAGCCCAGCUUUGAAACCAGAAUAGUGUCAGACUCCAUAUAACCCCCCUGCAUAAAAACAGCAAUAAAAGAGUGAGCUCUCAUCGCGCUCCCUGUUCUGUGCAGCAAAAGGAAGCACUCAGGGUGGCCGGGUGCUUUGUGA